CAAAAACAAUCAAAAAUGAAACCAAAUCAAAUGAAACCGAAUCAAAAAUUAUUAAAAUUAAGAUUGUCAACUACUAAUAUAAAAUUAAAAUUAAUAAAGGAUGCAUUUUAUGCUUUGCUGAACAAAUGUUGUGUACCGCCACGUCAGGGUAGUGGUGGUCUGUCCCUUCGACACUGGGGGCAGACCAUAACCUCUUGCAUAUUGCACAUCUGCUAGUCAUCAUUUAACGACGUCGAAGAUUCGAUUGUCGUUUGCUAAACAAAUACAAUUCGUUCUAUUAGCUUUUAUUUGUUGAAAUAGAAAUAGUUCGACAAUUCAUUCGGUAGGAAAUGCUUAUCGCUUCAAAUGUGUAGUCCGCGAAUGUUCUUGAUUAGUUCGGUGCGACCGCCGCCUCUAGAGUGUGGGUGUGUGUCGACUGCGUGAUGUUGGCGCAUCAGUUAGCUUAGUGCGAGUUUUGUAACGUUUUCGAUAGUGUAAAAGGAACAGCGCCCCUAGCGGCAAACGUAAGCAAACGUUCCAACUCCAUGCAAAUUUGAGUUAACUUUUACGCUAUCGAGAACGUUAAAAUACUCGCACUGAGCACAAGACUACGUGGCGAGCCAACUUACUCGAGAUCACCUUGUAGACCUCGGGAACUGUAACCGACAAAUCGUAUCGUGUGUACAUCAUGCGGACUGGUUUAUUGUUAAGUUAAGAAAUCGUUUUUUUUUAAAUGAUGUUUCAAUUUCAGUACAAUUAAUUAUUCGACGGGAGAAAUCAGUAUUUUUUGCAAUAAAAUCUUUAUUACUUAUUUAUAAUAUAAUUUGAUAUAAUUUAAACAUUUAUAGCUCGUAGGCUAAAUUCAAAUUCUGUUGUACUCUAUGGGCUGUGACGUCACUAGACUGACAGCGGUGCGGCCGUCACUGUCAGUCGACGCACUGCAAUACAGGCUUCCGUUCCGUUAGCCCGCCUCAACCCUGUCUACUGGCGUUUAGAAACUUACGCUUAUGUCUGGUAUUUGCGUAGACAGACCAGCCUAGACCUACCUGACGUUAAGCACUUACCGGUACCAGUAGACAUCCAGCCAUCGAUAGCCGGACCCGUCAGCAUAACAACCCUCUCGCCCAGCGCAAAGGUCCACCGCUACCUCUCAAAGCACAGCCUGUUAUCCGCAAGUGACCACUUAGCGGGAGGGCGAGACCGGUUCGCGACUUAACCCAUUCCUUUGUAAAACAAGUAGUUCAUUCUGUUCAUUCUGUAUGAACAUUAAAACAUUAGUUAAGAAAUAUUAUUUUUAUAUAAAAUCGUGUUGUCGGUUUGAUACUGUUGAUAUUACAUACGAAUAAAUCAAAUCUGAACAUUUGUUUGGUUUUAUUGGGCAACACGAGGUCUGGGCGUUUCGAUGGAGAGGGUUUAACGGCAGUACGUCAGCCGCUAUUAGGAUUUUCCGAAACAAAGCCGCCGCCCUCCUCCAUCAGCUACUGCCGUUAAACUAUAGAACUCAACCAGAUAGGGUUUUCACUAAUAUAAAAAAAAUUGGAAGGGAAAGGUUUGAGAAGUCGCACGCCGGAGGUUACCUAAAAUAUAGUAAAUGACUAUCAGAUUGUGAUCUCUUUGGCAAUUCUUUAAAUUGUUUUCAAUAACACAAUGAAUAGUGUGAAUUAAAUCGUUCCAAUUUCUAACACACGUCUAAUUUCAUUUAUUCUAUCAAAAACAAACUGUCAUCAACAUGCCAAGAAUAAUGUAGCAUUCAAAACAGGAAAAAAUAUCUUAUAAAUUUAUAGUGUUUUAUAGAAAAAAUGUUUGUUAACUCUUUAAAAUUAUGUUCGCCAUUGAAAAUCGUGAACGGCGGAUUUUUAGCUGCUGGAAAUAACGCAGCCGUGGGGCAUGGAGCUCUACGUGUUGGUCAGAACAACUAUUCUAAAGUUAAAGGCUCCUGCUGCAAAGAAGUUGCGCAAACUGAAGGCAAAAAAGUGGAGGUCUGGCCGAGACCUGACCCUCCUCCACCGGCCUGGCGUGCGGAAUGUCCCUGCGAACCCCAACCACCCAACUACGACCCCUACAAAAUAAAGGUUCCGGAUAUAGUCGUACCUCCAAUGCCUCCGAGCAACGCUAAGCCGAUGUUGGAUUGCAGCCUCACCCGGGGCCCGUGCUCGGCAAAGCCGGCUCCCUCUCCUCCCGAGUGCCCACCGCCGCCACCUAAACCCUUCCCCUGGAUAUACGUGUGGACGGUCGCCGGCUUCUUCGGUACCAUGGGUGUUAUUUACAAACUGUACUUGUGGAAAGAACAACAAGAAAGAUUAGGAGAAAACAAACCUAUAUGGCGGCCGCGGCCGAGGCUCAAAAGUCCAUACCACGACCGGGACCUGCCCGCCUGUGUGCAGUACCUGAUCGUGGGCGCCGGGGCGGCCGGCUGGGCGGCUUACAAGGCCAUUAUGGAGCACGAUAAGAAAGCAAAGGUGUUCUUCAUAAGCAAGGAAGACUGUCUACCAUACAUUAGACUUCCAAUGUCGAAGCAAAUGUGGUGGAACCCCGAUCCACCUGACAUCAAAUCCCUCAACUAUUUAGAAGACGGAAAGAGACGCACCAUGUACCUAGCGGAUUGUUCGAAGUUCAUGGAUCCGGUGAAGUUUUACCGGACUAAAACCGGACCGGCCGUGUCCGUGGCGACCGGAUGGUGCGUGAUGAGGGUGGACGCAGACGAGCACGUUGUCUACGUGAAGACAAUGUGCGGCGAGCAGCCUAUAUACUACGAGAGGUGCUUACUGGCUCCUGGUUCCAAACCGAAGAGUUUGAGCGUGUUCAAGUCGGCGCCCAAAGCGGUCCGGCAGAAGGUGUGCGCGCUGCGGACCGUGCGCGACCUGGAGCUGGCGCAGCGCGGGGUGCGGCGCGCGCGACACGUGGUCGUGCUGGGCGGCGGCUGUCUGGGCACCGAGCUGGCCUGGCAUCUGGGGAGGAUGAAUCAGCUCAUCGAACGUAAGCCCGAUGAGGAGCCGCUGCAGAUAGUCCACGUCUUCAAAGACAAAGGCAUCAUGGCUGGAGUCAUACCAGACUAUCUCGGCGAGUGGGCCACUGAGAAGAUCAAAUGCGAAGGCGUCACCGUUAUGCCUAAAACGCAAGUGUACGACGCGUUCGAGACGCCCGACGGGAGGGUCCAGUUGACGCUGUCUAACGGAACUUCCCUGGUCACGGACUACGUGCUAGUGGCGGUGGGAGCCGAACCGCGAAUGGAACUGGCCGAACCCUCGUUUCUGGAGCAGGACCCGGUCAACGGCGGAUUCCUGGUCAACACAGAACUGGAAGCUAGAACACAUCUAUACGUUGCCGGAGACGCGGCCAGUGUGUACUCGCAGUGGCGCGACGUCCGCUUCCGGGACGAGCACUACGACACGGCCGAGCGGCUCGGUCUCAUCGCCGGCGCCAACAUGACGGGCCACUGGCUCGCCUGCAACCUCGAGCCGCACUACUGGCUCCGGCUCGGAGACGCGCUGCAGAUGGAGGUGGUGGGUGAAGUGGGGGCUUGUCUCCCGACGAUCGCGUUGUUCAAGCAAUGCGCUCCUGAAGAGGUCCCCAAAAAGACGGAGACCCCCGCGGGUGAUGGCGAAAAACCUUGCUACAAAAAGUCGGAGGAGUACCAGAACCGAUACAAGCGAGGCAUCGUGUUCUACCUGCGCGACGAGACCGUGGUGGGGCUGGUCUUCUGGAACAUGCCGCCCAUCGACGACAGGAGGGACGUGGCCACCGAGAUCCUUCGCGCUCGACCCUCGUACAAAGAUAUAAACCUGCUAGCUGAACUCCUGGGCUUCGCAGAGACGCAGUGCGUUUACAAAACGCACGAGCAACUCAAGGAACCUGGUCCUUGCAUUCGAAACUGGAGAGAAUUUUGAGGAGAUUUUCAAUUUAAAUAAUAUUUUGAAAUAGUAAUGUUACUGGAAGUAUCUACCUAUAUUUUGUGAAACUUAAUAAAUGCUCUUGAA